AUAGUACAAAUUAACUAUGCAUUUCUCCUACCUUUUGUCUGCUUCCAAAUAGUUUUUGCAUAUAAAAAGAAGCUAAGGAAUGUUCAUGAACAUAACACAAUUUGAAAAAUGAACCUCUCAACAAUUCGAACAAUGGCUGCACUUUCCCCUAGGUCUCACUCUCAUAGUCCUUAUCGUAACCGUUGUGUUAGCUUUCCUGCUAGAUCACAUCCUAGCACUAUCAAGAUUGAGCAAGUUCUUAACAAGAUUAAAACUUGGGAAUCAUCUUCUCCUUUAUCUCCAAAAGCAGCAGAAAAAACACACAAUGCUUUAUCUGGCCUUGUGGAAUUAUACGAGUGCAUAGAGGAACUCCUUGCGCUGCCAAUGACUCAGAGGGCACUUCUUCAGUAUCAAGAUGACAAUUUUGUGAAGGAAUUACUGGAAAGAUCUGUUAGAUUCAUAGAUAUUUGCAGCAACACAAGGGAUACUGUUAUGUGUUUGAAGGAAAGCAUAAGAGAACUUCAAUCUGCGCUUAGGAGAAGCAAAGCAGGGGAUGAUUUUUUUACCAUUGAGGGCAGUAUUACUGCUUAUAUUUCUUCAAGAAAAAACACUCAGAAGGAAAUUGAAAAGUCUCUUACUAAGUUGAAACAGAUAGAUAAUACCCCAUCAGCCACAAACACAGAAUCUCAGCUUUCUGCCAUAAUAAGGGUCCUUGAAGAUGCGAGUUUCACAACCAUUUCUACCUUUCAAUCAUUGCUAAUGUUUCUUUCUGUUCCAGCGUCGAAACCAAAGUCCAAUAAAUGGUCAUUGGUUUCAAAGAUUGUGCACAAAGGGGUGUUAGGCAGUGAAGGGCAGAGGGAAAAACUGACUGAGCUGGAGAAAGUUGACACUGCACUGAACAACUUGUUGGACCAUGCUUCUGGUUCUGGGCAUGAAGAGGAAGUGGAAAGUUUUGAAUUUGCACAAAGAAAUCUGGAGAAUUUGGAGGGUAGCAUUGAGGAUCUUGAAAAUGGAUUGGAGAUGUUGUUUAGGCUUUUGAUUCGCACAAGGGUGUCUCUGCUCAACAUACUUUCUCUCAGUAGAUAAAAAGAUAGUGGCAAAAAGUCUCAUGCAUCGCAGUUCAAGUUUUUUUAAUGAUUGAAGCUGUGAUAUAGAGUCACUUCUAGUCAUUGAGUCCUGUAAAUGAGCAUAUAUUGUAUAUAGUAGUAGCAGCUAAGGGAAAGAGGAUUAGGAAACAUGGACUAAAGUUUUUCAAUUUCCUAAUCUUUUCUCUUCUUCUCAUGUCGUAUCUCUGUCUGCUUUUUCUGUUUUUCCAAUUUCUUCAGAUUGGCGCCAAAAUUUUGUAGAGGUACUAAUUCUGGCCAAGAUUAGUGAUUAUUUGGAAUUAUAUGGAUUUAA